GAAUCCCAAAUCCCAGACCCCGGCCCGGACCCAGAUUACGGACUCCGGUCCCGCCCCAAACUACCUACCCUGGCCAGGGUCCAAACCUGGGGGAGGGCAGACGGGCAACUCUCCGCCUUUCCUCCGGCGCAGCACACCUUCAUCUUUCCAACCUGAUCCUGAUCUUUGGAGAGCGAUGCCGCUUCCCGACACCAUGUUCUGCGCUCAGCAGAUCCACAUUCCCCCGGAACUACCCGACAUCCUGAAGCAAUUUACCAAGGCAGCGAUUCGCACCCAGCCCGCGGACGUGCUGCAGUGGUCCGCGGGGUAUUUUUCAGCUUUGUCAAGAGGAGAUCCACUUCCUGUAAAGGACAGAAUUGAAAUGCCCGUGGCCACUCAGAAAACAGACACCGGCCUGACUCAAGGGCUGCUGAAAGUUUUGCACAAGCAGUGUAGCCACAAGCAAUAUGUGGAAUUAGCUGACCUUGAGCAGAAAUGGAAAAAUUUGUGCCUGCCAGUCGAAAAAUUCAGAGCUAUCCUGCAGUUGGAUCCUUGUGAACACAAGAUUGAAUGGAUGAAGUUUUUAGCACUUGGAUGUAGCAUGCUUGGUGGGUCUUUGAAUAGUGCAAUGAAGCACGUGUGUGAGAUCCUGACCAAAGAUGAGGAGGGGGGCCCUGCACGCAUCCCCUUUGAGACUUUCUGUUACGUCUACCGUUACCUGUCGUCCCUGGACUCGGAUGCCUCUGCUGUGGAAACGGAGGCCUACCUUAACUCUCUAAAGGAAAACACAGCUUCUAGAAAGAAUGGCAUGAUAGGACUUGUGGAUUUCUUAAUUCCACAGAGGAAAAUUUAAAAAACCUCAAACAGAAAACUCAGAAGAUAUGGCACUAAUACAGAGAAGAACACAUUUUAAUGUCAAAAGAGUGCUUUUUAAAAACUUGGCACCAAUUACAACCUGUCAUUAACCACAUGCAUACAUUAUGUGAGUUUUUGUGGUAAUGGAAU